AUGGUUUACACCAAUCGCACCGAAAAGUGUUUGUCCACUCAGGAACCAAAUGCAGCCAAGAGCUCUUCAUCAGCUGCAAAAUCCUCUUAUGGCUCUCACAGCAAUGCUAGCUCAAGCUCCGCCACAGCAGCAAAUAACUCUUGGUCCAAAAAUGCCUCGGACAAUGACAAAUGGAAGUACAAUAAUAUGGUGCGCAAUGAACGUGAUAAAUUUAAUAGCUUGCAUUUUUGUUAAUUAAUCUAGUAUUUAUAAGUUUUCACUUAAAUUUCUUCAUAAUUAUUUGGCACAAAAAAAGAAAACCCCACCCCAUAUAGCAGUUAGUCAGGACCCUUAGUGAUGUAGUGAUUCUUUUAAAAUUAUAAAACUUAUUUUCUAAGUUCUUUUGUACAUACAUAUGUAUUUUUAUUUUCUUGCAUUUAAUAAAACUGUAUUAAUUGAAA